CCCGCACAGCCCAAGCUGAAUCCACCGAAGCUCAAGACGAUGGGAGGAGUCGGAAGCGGAGGAGCAUACAACCACGUACCGCAGCCUCUACUACACAGCAUGCGCGAGUCCUUUGAGGUUCUCGAUAGCAGUAACUCGGGGACCGUCACAUCGGCGGCGGUAUCAGACAUGCUGUCACAACUAGGCCUGGACAACACACCUGCUGCAUUGCGUGACUUUUUCCCGCCGAACGGUCCUGGACAAUUGAACCUCGCACGGUACCUGGACAUUCUUUCCGCACCCUUGGCAGACCUGUCCCAACCAGAGGAACUGCGUGCCGCGUUUGAAGCGUUUGACGUGGACGAUAGUGGACAGAUCGAUGUCUCCGUCCUGCGGGACGCGUUGUUGCACACAACACCUCAGCCUGGUGAGGACAUGAUUCGAUUGAGCGAGAAGGAGGUGGACGGGAUUCUGGGCGAGUUUGCGGGUAGAAGAGCAUUUGGCUCAAAGGGCUUGAAUGCUGCGAAGGGCAAAGGCGAUGUGUUCAAAUACCGAGACUUCAUGGCGAAUGUGAGCGGU